GUGCAGUGUGGGGCAGUGGUCUCCAACCCUGGUGCUGGAGAGCUACCUUAUCGCUGAGCUUAGUUUCAACCACAAUUUACAACACCUGGACCUCUUCCCAAGGCCCUGAUUGGCUGGAUCAGCUGGACGUAUUAAAGUUAAGUAAGAAGCGGGGCAGCUUAUUGGAUACAGGUUGGAACUGAACUCUGUAGGAAGGUGGCUCUCCAGGACCAGGGUUGGAGACCACUGUAGUAGGGCAGUACACAACCCUGUCCGAGAACCCCUGCCCUGCAUACUGAGAUGUCUUCUCUGUUGUAAGAACGUUAGACGACAAAUGGGACAAAUUCACAAUUAGUAUUAGUACUAUGUUAAGGACAGCCCAAAAUGUUCUACCUCCAGGGGGCGAUAACACGACUUUCACCAUUCAAUCACGCUUCCCAAGAAGAAACAGCGGCGCAUGCGCCGUUCUUAUUCGACAGUUCGGCUGUGAUACAGCAGAUAAAAUAUACGCACUUUGUUCAUUCUCUUUAGUUGACUUCAGCAAAGACGGGGGGGACAAAAUAAUAGACAAAUUCAUCAACAUGAAAUGGUAAUCUUGAUCGCCAGAUGUAAACGCCAUUUUCCUUUUUUAGGAUAUUUUGGAGUGCAGAAUGUGAAGGAUUGAUAGAUGCUUUCUUCUUUUGAAGUAGGACUUCAACAAGUAGAACUUGAUUUUUUUCCUCUUGAAGAAGCAGAACUGAAGACAUUUUUCUAGAUGGACAGUCCGAUAUACUACCACACAUAGGUCAGCUGUUGUUCUCAGGGAUGAGAGGGUGUCUUAGUAAUAUUUGAUAAUAAUAUAUUGUUGGGCUUCACUAUUCUGUCCAUCCCCUGCAUUUGUUUGCAUAUGUAGACCAGCUGUGGUUCCUCAAAAAAUGAAUGAAUGCAAUGCCUGAAAGGAUACACAGACAACGGUUUGGCUAAACACUUAAAGGACUUGUCCAAACCUCGUCAUUUCUGCGAGAGUGUAGAAUUAAGGACUGAACUCAUGACUACUGAGAGUGUCUCAGUCAUUGACUUACCACACUGGGAAAGUGGAAAAAGGAGGAUUCGGUUCUUAUAUCUAGCUGGAAACAACUCCUUUAAAGUUACCAAACAGAAUGCUAAUGAGGAGCAGAUGAUUCCUCUUUUCCUUGGAGCCGAUCUCUUUUCUAACACAGAUGUCCGCACUGAGAACCAUCCUAGAUACCAUGCAAAAUUUGCCAAAAGGGGACUGGCAGCAAAACUGGUUUUCUCCUCUGCCUUCAGGUUCCAAGGCAUUCGACUUCCUUGCUCCAGUAAUGGCUUGUGGUUCUAUUGCAUUCAUGGUGUUUUCCGGGUGGCCUUUGAGCUCUUCAGUAAACAAGAGCAGCUCUCAGUCUUGGAGUCAUUUCAGGAUCUCUGGAAGUCCCGAAUCAACGAUGAGCAAUUAAACAUGGUUUACAACCUGCAUGUCCAACUGCCAACAACUUCCAGCUACCAUAGUGACGAAGAGAUAUCACAUGGACAUACUUCUAGUAAUAUCUCUGCACCUGCCCCUGUCCAUUCAGAACCUCAGGAAGUAGAAGAAGACUUUGCCAUCUCCCAGCCGGUGUCUGGUCUACCAGAAGAGUCGUCAUCCGUGGACCAUGACUACUGCUCCUUAUCAGAGCAGGUGGAGUUUAAGCAGUCUAGUCUGCUAGCUGAGAAACUCUGCAUUAUAGGAGACAAGUUAAAGGCCAUCAUUACAAUGGAUGUGAGUCAAGAGGAAACCAUCUUGAAGCUUCUAGAUUAUGCUGAAUAUUGGAUUAGUGGAGGGCAGGACGAGGAAAGGUUGACAGAUGCUGUGAUGGCUUUACUUCGGACUCAUUCACAAGGGUACUCAAUCUACUCCAGUCUUCUGCUGCAAGCUCUGGCUGGCUGGCUGGGUCAGAAGUUUCAUUCAGCCAACAGCAGCAUAAGCCAGCAGGUAGAAAGCUUCAAGAUGCGACACAUUGAACACAUUACAGACUUGCCUCCUGCUGAGGAACUUGCCACAGAACUCUUCCCCGAGGCAAUGCGGAACCUGCUGAUAAACUGGAUGGGUCUGGGUGAAGAGGCAGCCACAUGGAAAAGACUCAGUGAAUAUCCUAUUGUACUGCUUAUACUGGAAUUUGCCAACCAUAAUCUCAUCACAGGAGUGGCCCAUGUACUAUAUUCCAGUCUCAUAAGCAGGUAGAGAGGUAUUACAUCAAACAUGUGGUUCAACCAAGAAUCAAAUCACAGGUUUAUCCCGAAUUGUAGUGAAUUGCCCAAGACGCGUUUCAUUUUUCUUUAAUUUUCCAAAAAGGCUGAAGUAGCUAACAAGCAAUGGGAGCUUUUUCAUGAAAUCUACUUCUAAAUAAUCACUGCAUCAAGUGAACAGUGAAAGACACUUUUCUUUUACAACAUUUCUGCGUAAUUCAGUGAUUGAGAUGUAAGCAGUCAUUCAGAGUGGUUUGAUGUGAAAUAGUGCCAACGCACAUUUCAAUACAGUGGUGGUGAUCGGAACCAAGGGUCACAAUGUUCACAGUGCAAACUUUUAUAAAAUAAAAUAUAAAGCCAUUUUAUUUGCUAUCCAAAACCACCAGUUAACUUGCAUGUCUUUUAAAUUUUGAUAAUGGAAAAACAGUGAUAAAUCCAAGUUUGGGUAUGCUUUGCAUCACAGCACCUCUUGGCUAUGAUUUAAUUUUAAGAAAUACAUUUUAGACCAAAACCUUAUCUAUUGUAAAACAAUCUCAGAUAUCAGGCAAUAGAUUUUAAACCAUUUCAUGUAGUAACUUUGUGUGCAUUCAACAUUUUAGACAUCUGGUUCCUGUCACCACUGGUGUGAACAAUUCUGACUUGGCAAGUUCCUCUAGAACGGAGCUUUUCACAACUCUUCAAACCACUCUUCAUGAGUUUUCACUACUGAAUUAUGCAGAAAUUUUGAAAAAUGGGUGGAAUUCUCCUUACAGUGAUCUCAGACAGACUAUAAAAAUUGACAAGCAUCUAGUUUGGCAUGGGUGGUUAUGUAUUGUUAUUGAGAUAUUAAGAAGUUGUCCCACAAUAGGCUAUUCUGUGCAUAUCAGAUAUCGUCAGUGAUUAAAGAAAAACAUGAUUAAAAAGGCCAAAUUAUG